UUUGUAUCCGCUUCCUCUCAGUCCUAUAUGCUCUCAGAUCUGGAGGAGGAGUGGCAGAAUUCUUUUGGGAUGGGAGGCCCCUCCCCAUCUCCUGCUGGACAGGAUCAUUCACCAGAAUCCGCUCCUUUUCUGUCUCAAAAUUGAAGUUUUCUGGCCGAAAGGGAAUUCUCCUACCAAUGACAAGUAUAUAGCUGAACCUGGUGUGGUUUUUGCUGUUCUUCUUGCUGCUGUUUUAUUAAAAACAGCCCUGAGUUUGCGGCUGGUGUGUCCUGCUUGCAAGCACCAUUAACGGCCCCGCUGCUUCAGAAAAGCUAUAAAUCCCGCAGGAGAAUUAGUGGGCUGCAGCAGACGAAGAUCCGGCAAGCAGAAACUAUGUCCAAAUCCUUCAACCACUCGGUUUUGAUCUUCUGGGUUGCCAACUUCAUUAUAUCAGGCAUAGAAGCGAUACGCUGCCCCUUAGGUUGGUUCACGUUCCAAAACAAAUGCUAUGGGUUUCAUUCUAUACCCCAAUCAUGGAAAGAUGCUGAGACCUACUGCCAGCAGUACAGCCAGCAAGCUCACCUGGCCUCCAUCGUCUCCAAGAUGGAACAGGAGAUGAUUGCCACUCACAUCUCCACCAACCACUUCACUAGAAAAGGUGUCUGGAUUGGCCUCUAUGAUUCCUGCAUGAAAAAAUGCUGGAAAUGGACUGAUUACUCAUCCAUUUCCUAUGUAUCCUGGGAAGCAACCUUUCCUAAACCAAGGGACUACCUGAGUUGCAUCCAGCUGUCUGCCACGUCAGGAUUUCAAAAAUGGAGGAAUCGAAAUUGUUCAAAAAAAGCACAGUUCCUUUGCAUGUUUAGGGCUUAGUCAGAGGUGGUUUUCAUUAGGGAUGCCAUGGUUCUUGCAAUUGAAUUGAGAAAUGUCUCGACUACAAGAGACUCCUUGUUUCCCAAUCCUUGAAGACCACCAGCUCUAAGCCUACAUAGUCAA